AUAAGCAGCUGCAACAACAAUCGACUUUAUUUGCAGCUAACAUUCCACUUCAUGUUCCUGCAUGAAUGACGAAGUGAAGUAUUUCAUUGCAUGAAAUCUACGAAUGAUCAGUCGCAGCAUCUUUAGGAAGCUGACACAAAGAUUGGGGCGAAUUGGGAUUACGAGAUCUCUGUGGUUUUGGCCACACAGGGCCAACACCUCUCAAAUAAGCGUUAAAAAAUUAGAAAAUUUCUUAUUAUCAUAAUUUUGGGGGUUUUUUGUUUUUAUUUAACGACCCUUUCCGAGCUUUCACGCUGCACAGCCCAUGCGGCAGCAGAGGACACUUUAUCUCCAGUUUCUCACCCUUCCUUUCCCGGUGUCGCGUUCCUGCCCCCCAGGCUGCCCCAGCCCGGGCGGCUCCGGGCGGCUCCGGGGCCGGGCCGCGCUGAGGGCGCGGGGCCGCGCCGAGGAGCCCCGGGCCGGGAAGCGCUGCGCGGCGCUCCCGGGGCCGCGUUUACCUUCCGGGGCGCCGGGCGGGUUCCGGGGCGGGCGGUGGCUGCCGGCCCGGCCGUGGCUGUGCGGGAGAGCGGCGGCUCCGGCGGACGGAGCCCCGCGGGCACCAUGAGCGGUUCACAGACCAACGACACUAAAAGACAAUUUCUUCUAGAACGGCUGCUGGAUGCAGUUAAACAGUGUCAGAUACGAUUCGGAGGAAGAAAAGAAAUUGCUUCAGAUUCUGAUAGCAGAGUGACCUGUUUGUGUGCUCAGUUUGAGGCUGUGUUCCAGCAUGGCCUGAGGAGGAGCCGGGGAUUGGCGCUGACAGCAGCAGCAAUCAAACAGGCAGCAGGUUUCUCCAGCAAAACUGAAACGGAGCCCGUGUUCUGGUACUAUGUGAAGGAGGUGCUGAACAGACACGAGCUGCAGCGCUUCUACUCUCUGCGGGCCAUCACCACAGACAUCGGCAGAGGCCGCGCGUGGCUGCGCUGUGCUCUCAAUGAGCAUUCCCUGGAAAGAUACGUUCACAUGCUGCUUGCAGAUAAGAAUCGCCUCAGUGUCUUCUAUGAAGACUGGUCUUUUAUGAUGGAUGAAGAACGCUCCAGUAUGAUCCCCACAAUGGCAGCUGGUCUGAACUCCAUUCUUUUUGCUAUCAACAUUGAUAAUAAGGAUUUAAAUGGGCAGAGCAAAUGCACACCCACUGUGUCAGAUCUGUUAAAGGAAUCCACACAAAAUGUCACUUCCUUAUUGAAAGAGUCCACUCAGGGUGUCAGCAGCCUCCUCCGCGAGAUCACCGCCUCGUCGGCCGUCUCCAUCCUCAUCAAGCCUGACCAGGACUCUGACCCGCUGCCUGUGCUGUCGAGGAAUGUAAAUGCUGAUUUGAAAUAUAGAAAAGAUCGAAAAAAGAAGAAGAGAGUGACUAACAUUAUCUCAUUUGAUGAAGAGGAAGAUGAGCAAAACUUGGGGGAUGGCACAAAGACUCUGAUUACAGGAGAAAGUUCAGAGGAGAGUGUGGACAGAUCUUCAGUUCUUGCAUUGUCCUCAUCUGAAGGCACUCUUGGAAAAAAUCUGAAUGAGAGUGACAGUAACCAUUCGUGGAAGAACAAUUCCCUAUUCAUGAAUGGAGAGUAUGAAUACCAGAAACUGGAUGUGAAGAGCAUCGAUGAUGAAGAUGCAGAUGAAGAUGAGCUGUAUGGAAAAUCAUUGGGAAGUAAAGGCACAGAAGGUGGAACUGAAGCUUCUGAAAAGCCUCGUGAAAUAGUCACAUGCAAUUCUCAGAUAUGCAGUUGGAGUCCUCUGCAGGUCCUGAAUGAUGACUCAGAUGUUCUAUUUCCUGUCAGUGCUGUUGGCUCUUAUUCCCAAACAGAUAACCUGGAGAAUGGAGAGGGGCAGGAACAUGCUGUUCAUCCGGUAGAACUGGUUCCAAGGAGAUCUGAGCUUCCUUACAGAGUGGAAGUCAGUCCUCCAGCUCAAGUGAAUACUUUAAGCAGUAUGUUGCCUUCAGCCACUGUGCCAGAAUCCAUGACAAUUAAUGAACUUCGCCAAGCUAUCGUGGCCAUGAUGAAUAGAAAGGAUGAACUGGAACAGCAGAAUAGAUCCCUGCGGAAUCUGCUGGAUGCAGAGAUGGAGCAUUCUGCAGCCCUGAGGCAGGAGAUGGAGAACUGCAGGAGGAAGGUGGCAGAGCAGGAGGAGCGCCAUGCUGCAAAAGUCCAAGCCUUGGCACGAGAAAAUGAGGUGCUAAAAGUGCAGCUUAAGAAGUAUGUAGGAGCUGUCCAGAUGCUCAGAAGAGAAGGUCAAACAGUGGAAGUUCUGCCAAACAUUUGGAGCACUGAUGGUGAAUUUACAAUUCCAGAGCAAAAGCAAGUAGAAAACAAUGAGGAACUGGCCAGCUCUUACGAAAGGAAAUUGAUUGAGGUGGCUGAAAUGCAUGGGGAGCUGAUUGAAUUCAACGAGAGGCUGCACCGUGCUCUGAUGGCCAAGGAAGCUCUGGUGUUCCAGAUGAGACAAGAGCUAAUUGAUCUGAGAGGGCCGGUCCCUGGAGAUUUGAGUCAAACAUCUGAAGAUCAGAGUUUGUCAGAUUUUGAAAUAUCAAAUCGUGCUCUUAUUAAUGUUUGGAUUCCCUCAGUCUUUCUGCGUGGAAAAGCUGCCAAUGCAUUCCAUGUUUAUCAGGUUUAUAUACGGAUAAAGGAUGAUGAGUGGAAUGUCUAUCGAAGGUACGCUGAGUUCAGAAGCUUGCACCAUAAAUUACAGAAUAAGUACCAGCAAGUGAGGACUUUUAACUUCCCACCAAAAAAGGCCAUUGGAAACAAGGAUGCAAAGUUUGUAGAAGAGCGACGCAAGCAGCUACAAAAUUACCUAAGGAAUGUAAUGAACAAAAUUAUUCAAACGGUGCCAGAAUUCACAGCCAAUCCCAAAAAAGAGACACUUAUCCAGCUGAUGCCCUUUUUUCUUGACAUCCCAGCCUCUGGAGAAGCAGUGAGCAAAAGCAAUCGCUCGAAGGUGACCACGCGCUUCCCCAAACUGUCCCGCGGCCACCCACGGGAGCCCCGCAGCCUGGAGCCUCAGAGCGGUGACCUCUGACCCUCCACGAGUGUCACUAUGGGCAGCGCGUGCUUUAAGUUGUGCUGUGAUUCCUUCCUAGCCUGUAUUGAUAAUUUAAGCUCCUGAAGAGACUACAGCUGCAUCAACUUAAAUCCUGAAAAGAGACAUUCAUUACCAAGGGUCAUAUCCUGAUUAACGACUUUGGAAGGCAGUAAUCACUUUCUCAAAAGAAUACGAGGGCUCUUCACCAGAGCUCAGCAAACUGAUGGCAUUUCCUUUGUUUUGUAAAGCUGCACUGCACAAAUUCUCCUUUGUUGCUCUGAAGUCCUUCUGUCACAAUGAAUUCCUUGUUUGUAUUAUGUUGUCCCUUUUUCCAUGUACAGUUUUCUGUUCCAGAGAGAUAUGGGCUUCACGUCAAGACAGUUUUUUUCCUUAGAAGAAACUUUAUGAUUAUCACUACUUAAUAUGUCAGAAGGAUGUGCUUAAAAGCACCUCACUAAUUUAUUACCUUUUGUAAAUAGAAAGACUGCGUUGGUUUGGUUUUUUUUAUUGUAAACCUCUGACACGCAAAGGUUUUUAAAAAUAUUGACAAUGUAGAGGAUGAGAAAAACAUUACAGGUGGAAAAAUAGCUUUUGUACAUUUCUAGAUAGAUAUUCUCAACAGCAUUCAUUUGUGGAAGUAAUUCUUUAAAAUCAGAGAAUGUAAUAAUUUUUUAGUGAAAUUUCAGUCUUCUGUAAGGCAGGUGCAAUAUUAUUCAUUUCUACAAACCACCACAAGGAUAUACAAAAUUAGUGUGGUACAAAACAGUGCUUUUAAGUCUUGGAUUAUAUUUUGUUAUUAAUUUGUUGCUUGUGUUACAGAACAGUCCAUCAUUAACAGGGCAGGGUGGAAUUCCUAAUCUGAUUUUGUAAAAGCCUUCACAUGGUGAUACUUAAAAAUUGCCUGUAAUGAAAGUGCCUGUUACCCAUCACCUCUUACUGAAAAUUAAUUUGUAAUGCUACUACUGUAAGAGUAACUAAAAAAUUGACAGGAAUUGUUACAAGUGAUGGAAGUCCUGACAUGGAUUAACUGGAAUCCAGUUCAGUAUCCAUUAGCUGCACUGCCGUAGGCAGUUAAUUAUGCUUUUGCUAUCUUCUUCUCUUCAUUAAGUUUAAGCAGUGUAUGUUCAAAUUUUCUAUCAAUUGUGUUCUGGUUUUCCUUUAUGUAAGAACAUCUUUCCUCUCAGAAGUUUUUUUGGAUAACGUUAGUUAAAUUGAUGUCUCUUGUCAUUUUAUUAUCCAUUCAUUAUAUGAAAUUUUCACAUCUUACAUUCUUCUCCAGGAAAAAACAAGCUGAUGAUGAAAAACAGACUCUGUACCUCAGUGCUUUACUGAAGUUCCAGCUUGCUGGAACUUGUGUUCUGCAGUCCUGUGAGCAGAGGGUGCUGUUCAGGCAGGUCAGUGAUUUUCAGUGGCACCGCUCAGGUGGGAAGGGCUUUGUUAGCCCAGUGAGUGGCCUCAGCAGUGCUGCAUUCCCACCACUGCAGUAGGGAGCUUUGAGAUUGCACUCAGCAGCCAAAUGUGGCAGAGAGGAGUGGAAUUCACUCUCCAGGUCAGAAAUUUCAGUAGGUGAAAUACCACAAAGUAAAAUCAUGUCACAGAAAUGAAACAAUAUUUCCCAGUCAGGAAGAGAUCUCAGUUACCACACAAAGAGAAAAGCCCAAAGGCCAGCCUGGAAGCUCACUGCUUUGUGUUCAUUAACAGAUUAAUUACUGUUGGUGUUUUGUGUUAGUUACAGUUAGACACUUAAGAAAGGAAGGUGAGUAGACUGGCAGUUAAGUAGCUUCUCCAAACUCUUCAGCCUGAUGCACUGCUGAUGGUUUAAUUUGUCUUUGUUGGAAAGAAAAGUAGCUAUAAUGAUGGUCGCACUUUGAAACAAUUUUGACUCAUUUUUCAGAAAGUGGAGACUUGGUUAGUAGAAAUAUGGCACGUGUACUAACACUGAAUUGCAAGUAAAUUUGAAAGAAAACGCCGUGUGGAAACCUUUGUGAUGUAUCUGUUACAUGAAGCUGUAUUCAUUUUCAAGAAAUAAUUCAUAGAUUCAAGUACUUCUUUUUCAGCAAGCUGCAAAUGGUAAGAAAUUUCAUUUACUGCAGACUGAAUUUCUUUUCAGUUGUUUAAAAGGAAUUUUGUGUAUCUGCAUUUGGCUCUUAAAAUUAUUUCAUUCCUGAUUAUCUUGCUUCUUGUAAUUUUUAAAGUAUGUAUGUAGAUCCCAUAAAAUACUAAAAUUGUUUACUGUGUACAAAUUGCUUUUUGUUAACUUUAGCUGAAUUGUGUAUCAGCUGCUAAGAUUACAGUCUGCAAACAAUGUUCACUUGGUGAUACAAGAUACCAUGAUGGGUGCAUUAUUAAUCCAUUUAAAAGCUCAGCUGUGGUUUCUCUAAAAUCCCAGGAAAUAACGUGAAAGCCUUUAUUUGCAAGGUGGCAUUCCCACUUUAUACCUGUGGUUAUGAAAACUACAGAGGUACCUGCAGGAGUGCCACUAGGUCCCUACUGACAGGAAUGCCCAAGUUUUUACCACCUCAGGACAUUCUGUAAGGCCCUGUCUUACAGUCCUGUAUAUCUACUACAAAUCCCACUUCUGUUCAUUCAGCAGAACCGUCAAAGCCUCUUGAAGAAGGUUGACCAGUCGGUAUUAAGCAGUAACAUUAUUCAUCUGAAAUACCUGUAAGUGUAACAAUGGUUCUGCCAUUGAGAAGAUUUUAUUGGCUUAUCCUGUUCACCCAAUUCCGUGCAGUUACAAUUUUUGUACAGCUCUAAACUUCCUUUGGCUGACUCACAGCUCUUAAUCCCCCAUCCAUGCUCAGUGGGCGGCUUGAAAUGAGCUGCUGGUUCAUUCCUAAUGAAUUAUUAAUUAAUUCAUUACUGACCGUUCCUGCUGGCACCAGUGGCCACAGCUGUAAUCCCAGGACAGAGGACUCAGGACAGGCUGGGCCCUGGAGCUGUUCCUGGCUGGUAGAGCCAGCCUAGAGCAAUUUGUGUUCUUGUUUGUGUUCCAUUCCUGCUUUGUCUUUAGAUCCAGGGCUUCUCCUCUGCACCCUUUAGUGACUGUUCAAAAUAAAUUGUAAAACAGUGGCACAACUUCUACUGCAAUGCUUCUGUCCCAUCACCUCCACCAUGAGCCCUUCCCUGAGGAACACCGAGCAGGCAGAGCUCUUCCAGCCUGUGCAGAUGUCUCCAGCAGUAUUCACAGAUCGACUAUGGGUUUUCAGAAUCUCUUUUAUUUAGAGAUUCUCUCAUUCAUUUUAGAGAAUGCAAUGUGUCGACUUGGCUUUUGCAAAUUAAAUCAAAGUUCUCAAUAAUAAUAACAAUAAUAAAUCUCCAAGGUUUCUAUGAGGCAGAAUAUUGACAUAGUUAUAAAGGCUUAAAUUGAUAUGUCCAUUAAGUCACAUAUUCUUAGGAAGAUAAUAAUUUCAAAGCCAGUCUUUUUAAUGGAAUAUAUUGUUGAUGUGAUAGUUGUAAUCAAAUUAUACUACCUUACAGAAUCUACUGCAAGUCAUAAACCACCGUGAUUGAAUUAAUACAAGCAUUUAGAGAAAGAACAGAAUGGUAUUAAAGAUUACUGGCUCAAAAUUGUGACCUAUUGCUAAGGUGGGGUGUUUUUUUGUAACAGUCAUGUUUUAUUGUACAGAAUCAUAUCUACAUGGUAGGUGUCAAAUUAAUUAAUACAAACCCACUAACAAUGGGGCUGACUGACUCAGAGCAGCAAGCUAAUAAUAAAUGAGACUUGGUGAACUCCCCGUGAACUAAUGAUGCUUCUGCCAGGACAUGGUAAUGUUUAAGAAGCUGUAUUUUGUUUCUAGAAUCAGUAAUUGGUGCUUUCUGAUGUUGAUGUCAGUCUUCUUCCUUCAAAGAAUGCAGGGAUCUCAGUUCUGCUGGAAGUUUCGUGCCAUUUCAAAGGUUCAAACCCCCCCACCCCAAACAUUUUUCAUCUAAUGUCUUGGAAUUCUGAGAACAGAUAAUAUAUACCUGUGGAUAAAGUACAGUUACCUGCUUGAAAUUACAAUGAGAAACCUGUGGAACAGCUGUUUAAAAGAAAAAAAAAACCUUUUUGACCAAAUCCUGCUGCUAUACACCCAUGCAAAUCUUGGAAGCAGCCCUGGGCUCUUCCAGCUGGAACUCUAGGAUAUAUGAAAAGAAACCUGUUGCACAUGAAAACGCAUUUUUCUCCUCGGAAACAACAGUAAUGCAUCUGAACUGGAUCUUGAGUCACUUCUGGAAAAGUUAUUAAACAGUUCAACAAAGUAAAGGAUUUUUCUCCUUCACUUUCUAUAGGUUAGGGUAUUUCAGUCAGCCCCUGCAUCACACAGAAUAUUAACUUGAUUUUUGUUUUUAAGUUUUGUAGUUUCAUAGCAUUCUCUAUUCAAAGAAACACUUCACUAUAGGAAAGUAUCUAUAUGAAAUACAAAAUAUAUUUAAAAAUAUCAAUUAACCUGCUUUGUGUUUCACAUAUUGAAAGGAAGAUAAACCACUUGUUCUACAGUGGUGUGACACUGUAUAUUUCAUUUAUUUCUCACUCUACACUAACUGUAUUUUAUGAUCCAGUUAUAGAGAACUUAGAUUAUUUAUAAAUUCUUUCUACAAAAAUGAUGAGCGCAUACUUCUAAUCAAUAUUAAUGGCUUAGGUUUUCGUUCAAAAUGGCAUGAAUUUAUUCUAGACAACAGCACUGAAAUGUUUAGAAAGCAAUGACUUUUCCAAAUUUACGAAUUGCUGCAAAAAACUGGACUUUAAAAAAUACUUUUUUAUCACAUCAAAACAGAAUUUAUUGCACUUCCCUGUAGGGAAAUGAGUUCCUUUAACAAGAUUUCAGAAAUUAUCUCCAUGCCAUGACAGUAGUUACACUGUGAUAAGUGGUUUUUUGAGUAUUAAUCAUUUAAGACACUACACAUUAUAAAAGUGUAAGUGUGGUUGAAAAUACAGUUCUGAAAGGCUGUGCUUUCCUUCUUAGUAAACAUGAGAUGAAGAACUCGGUGUCCUGGAUGUGGGACCAAACCUGUUGGCAACUGAAGAAGCUGAAUUUCCCUUUUAAUUUAGGGGAGGGAUUUUUGCUGUUGUUACUAUUAAACUGUAGAAAAGAUAUUAAUGAAGCAUAUAUAUGUACAGUAUUCACGUAAGUGUUAAUAAACUGUAAUAUUAACUUGCUAUGCUAAUGUUUACAUAAUAGAAUUUUUAGGCAAAUGUGUAUAUAUAAAAUUUUCUAAUUACUUUCUUGGGUUUUUUUUAAUAUCCUGUAGUAAUUUUAUUGUAACCAGGUUAAAAUAUGCUACUUUACCAAGAAGAAAAUAAAAAAUAACAUCUUUUCUUUGAA